AUGGCUUUUUGGUCGAAAAAACUAAUUGAAAGGGAAUGGUAUCAUGGAGUUAUGCCAAGAGAAGAAUGUAAUGCACUUUUGACGGUGAGGCGUUGAUGCGUAGUGGAAUUAUGAAAGGAGGGGAUACGGAGUUGAUGAAACGCCUGUUUUUCCUGAACAAAAUUCGUCGGUACAGUAAUAGCAUUUGGCGGCGCCCGGUUCUAUCUCCUAGGAACCCUAGGAAAAUUUCGAAACAAUCAUACAUACGUAAUUUCAUCUCUUCUCUUCGAAUAAGUAUAGUAAAAGUCUUAAAAAUUCGUUUUUCACGUAGAAAAACGUGAAAAACUGAAAUCGCUGCGAGACCUCACUCUUUCAAAAAAUGUGUGCGCCUUUGAUUUUCUGAGAAUUUGAUUUUCAGCCUCUAACUACUUUGACAAAGCGUUUUUCAGUACAAAGUAAACAGUUUUCCUUAUUCAUCUCGACGAGACGAAUCAGAUGGUAUACUCAACUUUUUCUGAAAAUGCCUCUAACAUGGUGAAAAUGCUCUGAAAUCACUAUCUAGUGUAAACACCGCGACGCACAAAUGCACAAAUCCUCUAUUUUCCAGACCGACGGCGAUUUUUUGGUUCGAAAAACGACGGAAAAAUCGAAGCCAUUCUUCUGUCUCACAGUUCUUUUCAAACAAGAACCUCGACAUUUUCCAUUAUUCUUUGAAAAUGGCGGAUGGACGUUGAAAAAGGGUGAGUUAUUAUCGAAAAUCUCAUCGCGUUCCACCGAAAUAAACACGCAACGCAGACCGCGUCGCGCCACAACACACACAAAAAAGGGAGGGAAUUUGAAUCGUUUCCUUAUUUGCGUGUGUUGUGGCGCGUCGCGGUCUGCGUUGCGUGUUUAUCUCGGUGGAGCGCGUGGUACCGAUGAGAUUUUCGAUAAUAUCUAUGAAAACCUCCCGUCAAAAAUGAUUUGCAGCUCGAAAAACCGCAAAAAUUCGGACACUUGGUUGAAUUGCUCAAUUGGUUGGUUACUCAAAAAUAUCAAUUAGCACCAACCACAGCGAUUCUUGUUCGAGCUGUUCGACAAGCAAAAUACUAUAUUCAACAUGAUGAAAUUGAGCUGAUCGAUAAAUUGGGAGCCGGUGCAUUUGGACAAGUUUGGAGAGGAAAAUUGAAGAAAAAAGGGGAGGAGCCGAUUGAUGUGGCGGUGAAGAAAAUGAAGGGAAAUCCGAAGAAAUCAAUGUUGAGGGGAUUUGUGAAAGAGGCGAAACUUAUGAGAACUUUAUCGCAUCCGAAUAUGGUUAGAGUUAUUGGAGUUGCGCCAAUGGAAGAACCACUGAUGAUUGUUAUAGAACUAGCUAAGAAUGGAUGUAUGCAGGUAUGCUGCUCCACCAAAAUAAACACGCAACGCAGACCGCGCCGCGCCACAACACACACAAAAAAGGGAGGGAAUUUGAAUCGUUCCCUUAUUUGUGUGUGUUGUGGCGCGACGCGGUCUGCGUUGCGUGUUUAUUUCGGUGGAGCGCGUAAAUACCGAUGAGAUUUUCGAUAAUAAGGUUCGAUUGAUUUAAAAAAAUUAUUUUCAGAGCCACCUUCGCAAGGAGAAAGUUAGCCCAAUUGAAAAAUUGACAGGAUUUGCAGUUGACACCGCUCGUGGAAUGGCUUAUUUAUCAUCAACAAUGAUUAUUCAUCGUGAUUUAGCUGCUCGUAAUUUAUUACUUGGUGCAAAUAUGGAAGUUAAAAUUAGUGAUUUUGGUUUAUCAGAAAGUGGAAAAACUGAAGUGAAAGCUGCGAAAAUUAAAGUUCCGAUUAGAUGGUUGGCACCUGAAACAAUUGACACUGCAAUAUUCACAACGAAAACUGAUGUUUGGUCAUUUGCAGUUACAAUGUGGGAAAUAUUCACAAAUUGUAUCACUGAUCCAUUUCCUGGACUUACAAAUUCUCAAGCAAAAGAUAUUAUUCGACAAAAACAUCCACCUUUAGAAGUUCCUUGUGCAAAUCCAGCAAACACUGAAGCUAUCAAGAAAAUUAAUAGUAUUAUGGCUGAAUGUUUUGCGAAAAAUCCGGAGCUACGACCAACAUUUUGGGAGAUUUUGAAGAAAUUGGCACCCGAAGAAAAUGCGGAACAAUAUAGUAAGAUUGAACCGUUGCCAGAGUUAUCGGAGAAGAAAAUGAGUGGAAGUAGAAGAAUGAAAAAAGGUGGAGGAAAGACUGUGCCGACUGGAUUGAGUGUUGAAACUGUGACUGAAAAAACGGCGGAAAAUGUUGAAGAUUUGGAGAAAACUUCGAAAACGGUACGCAUUUUUUAUCUAAAAUCUUGCCAAAAACCUGAAAUUCUUUCAGAAAAAAUCGAAACGCGCUCCACCGGACCUCAAAAAAUGCGAUUCAACAUUUUUGUCGCCAAGUUUUGCGGAUGGCGGAAGUCGAAGAGUGAAAAAGAGCAAAAUGACACCGAAUUUGUUGACAAAUACUGAAACCGAAAAAACAUUGGAAAAUGAGAAGAAAUCUGAAGAAGCGCCAAAAAAUGAAGGGGAAGAACAGAAGAAAAUUGAAGAAAAUGGAGAUAAUCCGGUUGAAAAAUCGAAUUGA